GUUUCUCUGCAUUAUUCACUUGAUGACGGGGGAGACAGACCGAGACUGGACAGCAUGUUAGCAGAGGACGCCCCUGAAAUAACCUCACGGACUAAUGGGGCUUAUACUGCUGAGCCUGAUUUUCCGCUACUGGAUCAACACUGUGGAAGGAUCUUGUUCAGCUGGCACUGCUGUGACUUGUGAUCAGUGUCUACAGCUUAGUCCUCACUGCGCUUGGUGCACACAGGAGAAUUUUACAGACUGGUUUUCAAUCAAUGAAAGAUGUGACACACUGGAUGGCUUACUAGACAAGGGAUGUGCCAGGGACCAGGUCGAGUUCACUGUUUCCAAAGCCCAAAUCCUGCAAGAUCUCCCACUCGGGAAGAAGACGGGCAACGCUAACAGCACGCAGAUCUCCCCACAGAAAAUGGCCCUCAGGCUGCGACCUGGCAGUCAGGUGUCUUUCCAGGUGAAGAUUCAACACACAGAGGACUAUCCUGUGGACAUUUACUACUUGAUGGACCUGUCUGCAUCCAUGAUCGAUGAUCUGGAGAUGAUCAAAGACUUGGGCUCCACUCUGUCUAAAGAGAUGGCCAACCUCACCAGCAAAUUUCGUAUGGGCUUUGGCUCGUUUGUGGAGAAACCCGUCCUGCCUUUCAUCAUGAUCACAGAAGAGGAGCUGGCCAACCCUUGCAGUGGCGUAGGCGCAAACUGCCUGCCAACCUUUGGCUACAAACAUGUCUUGUCUCUGACAAGCAGCACAGACAAGUUCAACGAGAUAAUUGCAAUGCAGCGUGUAUCUGCAAAUAUUGAUAUACCAGAGUGUGGCUUUGAUGCUGUCAUGCAGGCAGCGGUUUGUGGGGACAAGAUAGGCUGGAGGAAUGAUUCGAUGCGUUUGCUGGUGUUUGUCAGCGAUGCUGACUCACACAUUGGGAUGGACAGUAAGAUGGCCGGCAUCGUGAUUCCCAAUGACGGGCAGUGUCACCUGGAUGUCAACAAUGAGUAUUCCAUGUCCACCGUGCAGGAGUAUCCAACUCUUGGUCAGCUGGUUGAUAAGUUGGUGGAGAACAAUAUCUUGCUGAUAUUUGCUGUGACAGAAAAACAGAAACAGAAUUACAAGAACUAUGCAAAUCUCAUACCUGGUGCCACAGUUGGAGUCCUGGCGACAGAUUCGCGGAACAUCCUGGAACUGAUCGUAACAGCAUACAAAGAACUGCGCUCUGAGAUUGAAUUAGAAGUCCUCGGAGACACAGAGGAGCUGCAGAUGUACUUCACAGCCAGGUGCCCAAAUGGAUCAGUCCUCCCUGAUCAAAGACACUGCUCCGACAUUAAACCUGGAGAGACGGUAGUGUUCAAUGUGUCUGUGGUGGUCCCAGGAUGCCUGUCAGGAGUUCGGCACUUCUCCCUCAAACCGAUGGGUUUACAGGACAGCUUGGAGGUGGAACUGGAGUCAGUUUGCUCGUGUGACUGCCGGCAGCCUCCUGAAGCAAACAGCAGCCGAUGCACUGAGGGCCAAGGGACUUUCCAAUGUGGUGUGUGCAUGUGUCAGCCGGGGUUCCAGGGAGCACAGUGUGAAUGCAAUGAGGAGAGCACUUUGUUGAGUAACUGCCUCGCAAACAAUGAGUCUGAGAUAUGCAGCAGUCAAGGGGAGUGCUACUGCGGACAAUGUAAAUGCCAUGCCUCCAGCUUUGGCCGCAUCUACGGACCUUACUGCGAAUGUAACAAUUACUCCUGUGUUCGUUUCCGAGGGGAGCUCUGUGGGGGCCAUGGAGUGUGUGACUGCGGAGACUGUCACUGUCAGAGUGGUUGGACAGGGGAGUAUUGUAACUGCAGCACCAGCACCGAAGCAUGCAUGUCAGAGGACGGCACUCUCUGCAGCAACAGGGGGAAAUGUGAGUGUGGCCACUGUGUCUGCUCUGCACCUGGAGCAUCUGGGGACAAGUGUGAGAAGUGCCCAACAUGUGGAGACGCCUGUAGCUCUGCAAGGACCUGUGUAGAGUGCCAUCUCCAGGAUCAGGAUGAUGCUGAGUUGUGUGAUCAAAGGUGCAGCAAUUCUAAAAUUUUCAUCAACACAACUGGAGAUUAUGCCAAGAGUCCUUCUAUGCAUUGCACACUGAUGAUGACGAAUGACUGCUGGAUCUCAUUUAAUGUGGUAGGAGUUGAGAUGGGGACCACUGCCUACGAUCUCCAAUACGAUUGCCCAGAGCCUCCCAACAUCCCCAUGAUUAUUCUGGGGGUCUCCCUUUCCGUUGUGUGUAUUGGCCUGAUCCUGCUGGGCGUGUGGAAGGUGCUGGUGUCAGUCCACGACCGUAAAGAGGUGGCCAAGUUUGAGGCUGAGAAGGCAAAGGCAAAAUGGCAGACGGGGACCAACCCUUUGUUCAGAAGCUCAACAACAACAUUUAAAAAUGUAACUUAUAAAAAUCCACAGAGUAAAAAUAUUAUUGUGAUGGAUCACUACUGACGAUAAACUGGAGACGAUGCAAAGCAACAUCCGAGUGUACUUAAAAGUGUGAGUGUGUGUUUGUGCGUGCGUGAAGGAGACUGAGAGAACUUUUGUACAAAUCUCUGUGCUGCUUUAGAGAUGUUACCACACGGUAGACACUGUGAUCAGAUAAAGGCUACGUGAUGAAUCCGCUGCUGUAAUAGUGCGCUGCCACUGUUAAACACUGCACUUUCCUGUUGCAUGAUCCCGCAUGCACUUAAACACUACUGUCUACUGUAAGGUGCAGCAUGGAAAGGACGAGUCUACACUGAGUGGUCUACUACUGAAAGAAAAUCUUUUAUUCUAAUGAAUGUAAAUAUAAAGAUGGAUGAUUAUGAUUUCUUCUAAUAUUGUGUUUGUUGAUUCACUGUAAAACAAGGCUGAGCCUUCCAUGAUAAUUACUGUUUUUUUGUUGUUGU